GCUUCGCAAAUGUCCGCAAAAAAAAUUUCACCUAAAAAUAAUGUAUAAUAGGGUUAAAAACAUUUAUCAGAGUAAACGAGAGCAAUAAUUUGUUAGCAGGAAGGUAGAACUAUAUUAUUAGAUGAUGUUAAGCCACACCAACAAAGUCCAUGAAUGGAUGAAAGUCAUAAAAUCCCCAACACCGUACAGAAUAGGCAGUUCCAGUUUAUUUCUGAGGAAGAAAACAAUCCUGUCCAUUGUUGGUGUGUGUUUUUGCUUGCUUUUCCUGACCGUACUCAGAUGGCCAGGUACCAAAGAGGAAAAAUAUGCCUGUGGAGUUAGACAUUACAAUAACACUUAUCCCUUGACACAUCCGAUGAAAGAUUUGAAAGGAAUUCAAUUACGCUUUGCAGUUGUCACCGAUUUAGAUCAUGAUUCCAAAGUGCAAGAUGUGAAAAACAAAUGGUUCAGUUAUUUAAGGAUGGGCUAUUUGUCUCUAGUUGGUGAGAGUACAGAAAUCAAGAUCGAAUGGGACAAAGAUCCUGUCACUUUGCAGUCUUCGAUUUCACAAGGUGGGCGAGGAAUGGAGCUUUCAGAACUUGUUGUUUUCAAUGGCAAACUUUACACAGUGGAUGAUCGUACCGGGAUUGUUUAUGAAAUCUAUCGCCAUAAAGAUGUAGUGCCUUGGGUUAUACUACCUGAUGGGAAUGGACUUACAAACAAAGGUUUUAAAGCAGAAUGGACUGCUGUGAAAGAUGGCAAACUCUUUGUUGGUGGGCUUGGAAAAGAAUGGACUACAACCAAUGGAGAGCUUGUGAAUCUUCAUCCCCAGUGGGUGAAGAUAAUUGAUCAUAACGGACAUGUUGAACACUCUGAUUGGCAUCUCAAUUAUAAUACUCUGAGACAGGCUGCUGGCUUUCAGUAUCCAGGCUAUAUGAUUCAUGAAUCUGCUGUUUGGAGUGAUUUUCAUAGAAAAUGGUUCUUCCUUCCUCGCCGAGCUAGUCAUGACCGUUAUGAGGAAAUGGCUGAUGAAAAACGGGCGACAAAUCUCAUGCUAAUUGCUGACGAGGACUUCGAAAAAGUUGAGGUGAAACGCAUUGGCCCACUGAAUCCAACGCAUGGAUUUUCAUCUUUUAAAUUCAUACCCUUUACAACUGAUAGCAUAAUCAUUGCACUGAAAUCAGAGGAAGAUAACGGACAUGUUGCAUCUUAUAUCAUGGCAUUUAAUUUGGAUGGUGAUGUGCUGCUGCCCGAGACGAAGAUUGGAAAUUAUAAAUUUGAAGGAAUUGAAUUUAUAUAAGUCUGUUCAGGCACUAAUGCUUUAUUUAUUUUUUUGAUGGAUACUAUUUAUUUUUAUAUGGGUGUGGGAAGUGUUUGGAGUGUAGGUGUUGCUGUGUUAUAGUUGCUCAGAAGAUUUUUAUACAUGCAGUUGUAAGUGAAAUAUUACUCAUUUUAUUUGAUAAAUGUGUUUUAUCGGCUGGCUGAUAUUAUAGCUUCCCUAUGACUAUGAACAUUUAUUGGUUGGACAUUACUCCCACAGGAUGUAGCACUGUUCACUGCCAAAAUUUUAAUUGUUUGUUUUGAAGUUGUAAAUAUUGCGGGUGCUCUCAUUUUAUUGAGAUAAAUGUCUGUGUAAAUGUUGAUGGCAUUAUUACAUACACCCAAAGGUAGAGACAGAAGACAAACAGUUUGAAGUGUAAGCACUAGCAUGUAAGUGUGUAGAUUUCCUUACACAUACAAAGAGUGCCAACCCAAGGGGUCGCUUCCACAAAUUCUCUUGUGUCAGGCGCUUCAACAAAUUUCUGAACAAGGAUGUGCAUGCACUACCCCUUUCUAGGAGUGACCUUCCCCCUUGGGGAGCAACCCUACUGGAACCUGAUAUUCUAUCGGUACUGCUCGGCCUGGCAUUAUUUUGAGAUUCAGGCAUUCUCUGAUAAUCUACCUGUGCAGAUACAAUACCAGUCAGUGAAAUGGCCUUGGACUGAACUAUUGCAAAGGAUUAUUGCAUACUGCCGAAUGCCUUCAAGACAAUGCACAUUUUAAUUUUAAUAUGUAACUAAAAAUGGAUGGGCCUAUUUAUACUAGGUGUUUUAACUACUGUUAGAAGUAGGUUGUAACUGAUCGACCAGACUCAUAAAAUGGGUCAGGCCCCACAUAUUUAUAGAAACAUACAUAAUAAUCUCUUGCUGUCAACUUUGUGCCGUUUCAUUAGUAUUUCUAACUUGCCUUUCUAUAUCUGAAGAUUAGUUGGUGAACAUACAUGUACAUGCUAUAAUAAUAAAGGUCAGAUCAUGCACUGCUUUGCCUGAGCAACUGUGCAGAUGAUGUCAUCCCAAAACAAGACACCAUUUCGGAUGUCAAAUUCACAUCAUUGACGCGUGUGGCGGCCUUUUUGGUCAGUGCAACAGUGGCAAUGGUGAUUUGUUGCAGUGUCAACUGAGAUGUUAGGCAUGCAGGUUUCGCCACACUAACGAAGAGCUACGAACAAUGAGGUACGAAAUAUGUUAAUGUACUUAGAAAAUGACUAUUUUAGAAAAUUUCCCCGAUUAGUUGUAGUCAUAGUCAUACAACUACAAUGUAAAUGUAGAAGAUGACUUGUGAGUGUUGCAAUAAAUUAGCACAGGUCAGUAUUCUUUUUGAGCAUGGCUCUCCACGGAUCAUUCAAGCCGAGACCAGGUGAAAUUGUCAGGUUAGAAACUGUGUUGUGGCUUGGGCCUUGUCUGGUUGAAACCCCCAAAUUUCCCUCAAAAUUUUCAUCAUCUUGUCCCCCAGAGGUGUAGAAAAAUCCAACCUGUUUGCCUUUUUAACUCAUUUAACAGUCCAGAAUGAUUGGUUGAAUGAUGUAACUGCACAGUCUCUAUACUGGUAUUUUCUCCACAUAUUUAAUCUAGUUCUACAAAAUACUCCCCCUUAUUUUUACUGUAAUAUAGUCAUGUGAUACCAUACUUCUAUUUUUAGCGAUGUCUUGCAUUCUGUUUCAUAACUUUGCCUUGUCUCCUGAGUAAGUGAAGAGGUCUAGUCACUUGUGUCGUCAGUAUGAAUAAACAUCAUACAAUGUAGGAUCGUCUUUUAAAUAUAUUUUGGUAAAGUUUAUAAAAUCUUAUUGAUAGUGGUGUCGGGAACAGUCAAAUGCCUACUUUUAUCAAGAAUCAAAUAAGUCAAUGUACAAGCUUUUGCUGCAGUGUACUGAGGCCUAGUCGGCUUAAUGAGGCCUAGUCAGCUAUAAUCAAAUUUUUUCUUGACUGUUUGAGACAAUCCCAUUUCUUGAACAGUUGUACCAAAAUGACCAUUGGCAUUAUUAAGGGCAAUAUUACCCAGCUGUUGGCUGCCUGCUCAGUCACCUCCUAUUCUACAUAAGUAGUUUUCAUCGAAAAAUUGCACAAAAAAAGGAAAAAAUUCAAAAUCUGACUGAAAUAUCGCACUUUUCCAAUGUUGACUCUGAUUUGACUGGUGUAGCUCUCCACGCAUCGACUCUUUCCACGUGGAACGGUAAGGCGUUUCCUGCUGGAGCCAGUUGCUUUAAUAAUAAUGCCAAUGGUCCUUUAAAUCUCUAUGAUACUUAGAAGAUACAAGGUCGUGAUAUGAUAAGUCUGGACCAGAUUAUUGUGGGCACCUGUCUUUUGAUCGCUAGUGAUUCAAAACCCUGCAGCAGCGAAAAGUUUAAAAAAUGACUUGCCUGUAGUGUAAACAUGUAACCUAGUUAUUACUAUUCUUGGGAUUGCUGGUAUUUCAAUUGAGACGGCAUGGAACCCAAAUGUUAUAACUAGGUCAGUGUACUUCUUGGAGGAGCUUUGAAUUUCAUGAAGGUUAUUGUUACUUAUGAAAUAUAUCAUAUUUUUGCUGUGAUGAAAAUACUGACCUUUCUCUGAAUAGAAUAGAAGAAGGGUUGGAUGUUGUAAUUUUGUAAUAAACUGU